GUGGGUUAACACUCUGUCGUCAUUUUCCGCGCCUCAAAAGUGCCAGUAACAUGCUGGUGUAUCAUUAGACAAGGUCAGCACCAGGCUGAGGCGAUUGUUAUGUGUAAGCCAUGGCGCUGUCCGACCGUUUUGCUUUGUAUUUAUGGGUUUUUCUCCAGUUACAGACCUCUGGAACCCUUUUUAAUUCCAUUUUUGAUGGGACCUGACAAAAACCUGACAGAGACCGAGGUUGUGAAUGAAAUUUACCCAUUCUGGACAUAUUCUUACCUUAUCCUAUUGUUUCCUGUUUUCCUGGCCACGGACUACCUCCGUUACAAACCUGUGCUCAUUCUCCAGGCAGCCAGCUUCAUAGUGACUUACGCUAUGCUCAUGAAGGCCCAGGGUGUGCCUGCAAUGCAGUUGUUGGAGUUCUUUUUUGGUUUAGCGACUGCAAGUGAAGUAGCCUACUACUCUUACAUCUACAGUGUUGUGGAUCCAUCUCAUUAUCAGAGCGUGACCGGUAUCUGUCGCAGUGUCACGCUGUUGGGCUCGGCCAUAGGCUCAUUAACUGGACAGAUUCUUGUGUCUGUGGCCCAUGUGCCUCUCUUUUACCUAAGUGUCAUCACACUGGCAUCUUCCUGCAUAGGUUUUGUCACUCCUUUGUUUUUGCCCUUGCCCAGCAAGAGUCUGUUCUUUCACCAGAGAGAGGGCAGCGCUCAGGAUGAAGCAUCUCUUGAACCCAUGAACAGCAGUCAGUUGCAUGGCACGUUUGUGGAUUCAGAGGCCAAAAUGCAACCUAGUCCACAUGAAAGAACGGCUACGAUGGACAGAGAAAGCAGUAGUGGAUUACUGGACGUUUUGAAAAUGCUCUGGACAGACUUCCUUCAGUGUUACUCCUCCUCCACACUUCUGACCUGGUCCGUAUGGUGGGCUUUGUCUACAUGCGGUUACUUGCAGGUGCUUAACUAUGCUCAGUCACUGUGGGAGAAAAUCUUGUCAUCCAGUGAUCAUCAGAUCUACAAUGGCUAUGUGGAGACCAUUUCUACAUUGCUUGGUGCCUUUGCCGCAUUUGUGGUUAGCUUUAUAAAGGUGUCGUGGGCAGUGUGGGGAGAACUGGCUCUCUUUAUUUUCUCUGUGGUCAUCGCGGUGUCUGUGUAUCUCAUGGUCACCAUUAGAAAUAUCUGGGUGUGCUACGCCUCCUACGUGCUGUUCAGAGCUACCUAUAUGCUGCUCAUCACCAUAGCAACAUAUCAGAUUGCUGCUAAUCUAACCAUGAAACGUUACGCUUUGGUGUUCGGAGUGAACACUUUCAUUGCCCUGUUUCUGCAAACGCUGCUUACUGUGACUGUGGUAGAUUCUGUUGGUUUGGGACUGGAUAUUUUCCCGCAGUUUUUGAUCUAUGCUUGUUACUUUACUGGAGUGGCUAUGGUUUUCUUUAUCGCCUGGUUGUAUAAACUAGUCAAAAGGAGAAGAUCUGGAGAACAGGCUGACAGUGGACAGAAUUCAGCUGCCUAGAUGGAUGUCAACACAUCAAUCACCAAAUAUAUCAGAUGUGUUUCACAGGCCUGAAUUAUCUCAGCAUUCCAGUGUUUUCUGCACUACAUUAUGAAGUAAAAAUGUGUAUGAUUGAAUUAAGUAGGUAAGUCGCGUUGCCGUCAAUGCAUCAAUACAAUUUAAAAAGUGUUACAAUAGGUCAAAAAUAUUAGCUUUUCCAAAUCAUUAACACUUGUAUCCGGCUUUAAAGGUUAUAUUUUUAGGAGUGUUGAUGUGAAUGAUUAUCAUAUUUGACUGCACAAAUACAGGAUACACUGUAAGUGACAAUUUAUGGCUCAACAGUUUAAUCGAAUUAAUUUAUUGCACAAAUGAACAAAUUGCUCUUAUUUAAAUCUCACCAUUACAAUGCCUUAUUUCACUGCUGCUACUUGAAAUCAAACACCUUAUGCCAAAAUAUAUCAUUUCUUUUUAUGGUAGGAGGGAAAUAAAAAAGGCAAUCCUCAAUGUUCGGCUAUUAAAAAAGAGUGUGAAUGUGUGUGAAAUAAAAUUUUUAUUGCUGGAUUUCAAGUUUUGAAAGAGAAUGAAUGGGUAACUUUGUUGUAAAAGUUGUAUCCUGAAGUACCAUGUCACUUAGUAGGGGCCUGUUUGGGACCAAAUGUUUGUUUGUAAUUAUUACUAUAGGCUACUUCACAAGAUGUAAAUAGUUGUGUAGAAACAAUACCUGUUGUAGUUUUCAUUGAUUAUAUAUAUUUUUUUAUCUUGCAUGUAUAAUAAAUUCUUUGAAAUGUUUGUGUAA